GUUGCGGACUGUCAACACUGACCUGCUAACAUCUCUUGAGAGGACAAAGCUGAUUUACUCCAAGCCUGCGUGAAAGCUGCGUUUCUGUACCAAACAGAUAAGAUGAAAGUUGUCGGAUCUACCUGCGCCCUGAAGAGUAAGGUCGGUGGAGAGAUCGGUCUGUCCGAGCAGAGCCUGAGCAUCUCCAAGUGCAAGAUCCCGCUGUUGGACGAGCAGAUGAGCGUCUUUCUUCAGGACAUGAACAGCUGCUACAGCAAGCUGAAGGAGCUCGUGCCCACCCUGCCCACGAACAAAAAGGCCAGCAAGGUGGAGAUCCUCCAGCACGUGAUCGACUACAUCUGGGACCUGCAGGUCGAGCUGGACGAGCCGGAGAAGAGCCGUCAGCACUCAGCGAGCGGCGCGCCGCGCACUCCGCUCACCACACUGAACUCUGAACUCGGCAGCAUCUCAGUGGAGCAGAACGGAUGCUCAGACGACAGGAUAAUGUGCCGCUAAAGCCUCCAUGAAGCAUCAUCAUCAUCAUCAUCAGCGUGCGCCCGUGAAGAACGAACAAGGCGGCUCGAUGUGACUCUUGUUCUGGACCACAUCGAAGCCCAGAGCCUUGAACUGUAGGGACGUUUCAUCCCCCUCCCCACAAAAUUAUUAGAAGUGGACACCCUCAGACCCAAAGGGGGUUACUCAUCCACGGCUCUCGAUUCCUCCGUGGACACGGACCAGCCCGCGGUGUCCAGAUGUAGACCGGGUCAGUCGGAGGACCAAGACGAGCUCGGAGCAGCCAGCGUGCUGCUCAUAGUUUUUUUUAUUAUUUUUAAAAGCAACUUCAUGUCUGUUACACUUUUAUAUUACGUGUAAAAAAUCAUGUAAAGAAAUUCCAACAAUUUUGUAAAAGUAAUAAUAAUUUCUCAGAUUCCUGAGCGACAAAACUGUAUUGUAUAUUACAAUGCCAUAGAUAUGUGAAGAUAUUGUUUUCUUACAAUGUACUUUAUUUGUGUUUUUAUUAAAACAAGAACACUAUUUUUGAA